AUGUGUAUAAAGAGAGAAGGGGAAACACGUGAAUACCAUCACUACCGUGAGCAUUUUCAGCACGAUCCAUGGACUGAAAUGCACCAGCCAUGUGAAUGGAUGUUGGAGAAAGAACAGGGCCAACAGGCUCAGAUGUUGGUUGACCUGUCGCUGAAGAAUGUCCAACCAAGGCAGGGUUUUUGUUUGGCUGCAAGGCCACUUCAUAAACGAAGGGCGAAUUCUCAUGGGGUGGCAAAGGAGAAGCGGCGAGAAGGGGAGUACCGUCACAAGAGACAGUGGUUACAGGACAAGUAA